AUGGCGACUAUUCUUGGUAACGAUGAAGGAAGGAACUAGUCUAACGAACACUUAAAAUCCAUGCUUUAACAUACGUUUUUUAUUCGAAAGGUCAUUUACACUUUUAAUAUGGUGAGUGUUGAACCAUCAUCUCGAGUGGGUGUGGCACUUGACCUCAUCCUCAAGACCCUCAUUUCAUCACAGGAUUUUAAUGAACUCCAAACUAAAAAUUGGGAUGCUAUAGCAAGGCUUAUACCUGGGAUGUCACCUGGACAGGUUGCCAGACGUUAUGAAGAAUUACUUUUGUCCGGUGAUGUCUAUGCAUUCAACCAGUUUGAGAAAAGUUAUGCUGUCCCAGGAAGUUCAUCGCAGAUGAGUUUUAGCGAGUCGGACACGGCCAAUAAAACUGGCAGCUGCCCUGGCUCUGCUCGAAACAAAGGAGACAAAGAUUUCAAGGACUUAGUCGAAUCAAAAAGUAAAAAUGGAGGCCGCAACAGUUCUGACCAGGGGCCUCUGAUGACUAUCCAUGUGUGUGAUGAGGCCAAAAGCUUGAAGCAGGAUUUCCACUGUGCCAGGGACUUACUUGUACAAGAGAUGAAGUAUUUUGCUGAAUACUUAUCUACUGAUGCCCAGAGAUGGGAGGAGGUCGACAUAUCGGUUCAUUGUGACGUCCAGAUCUUUGAUUGGCUGAUGAAAUAUGUGAAACGGGGCUCAAAAGAUGUCCCAGAAAAGCCAAAAUUGGAGGCAAACAAUGUGAUUUCUAUCCUGAUUUCAUCGGAUUUUCUCAAGAUGGACGUCCUUGUACAGGAGUGUAUAGAGUAUUGCCAUGGUAACAUGUCAUCCAUUGUAUCAACACCAUGCAACAUGAACUGUAUCAACGACAAACUGGUGGGAAGAAUAUCUGACCUAUUUACCCAGAAUGAGGCUGAUGAUAUCAAGGAUCGAAAGGACAAAUUUAAAAGUAAAUUGUUUGCCAAGAAACUAGAGAAGUUGUUUGAUGCAGAUUCCAAGAGUCCUGAUUCCCCUGAGGAUGCUACAAACAUGUUUCGGUGUUCAGUAUGUAAAAGAAUUCUCACCGCCAACUUGGAGAAAAAAGUCAAGUGUAUGCCAUGUCGGAUGACAGUGGACAAGAGAGGUCGUUUAUCACAUUGCCAUGUUAAAGACAAGUCCUUCGACAUUAACGAAUACCUGCUGGAGUUGAAAGCGCAGCUCAAAUCCUGGCGUGAAGUGUAUUGGCGUAUCUGGGGCCUUAUCAAUUACCUCAGCUGUACGCGCUGUGGCGAACUGUUCCCUUGCGCUGAGUUCGGUCACUGUAAAUACCACCCGGAGCCCCCUCGCUAUGACAACGAGAAUGGACUUGGGUCUUGUAUUGGAACAUAUCCCUGUUGCCACCAGAAAAAUCUCCGGUUUGACCCCACACAACAGAACAAGGGUUGUCGUGUGAGAGAUCACAUCGUAAGUCUGCCAGAGAUUAUUCAAGGUGGUGACAACGACAAGGCCUCUCCAAACCGUGUAUACGAUGAUCUACUCGCUCACAGGGAUGUGGUGUGUGUACCAUUCCAACGCCUCUCUGACGCCAGCGAGCUAGAGCUAAACAUGUACGACAAUGAGGAAUUCGUGAGUAGCACUCGUAAAGAAGGCACAGCCAUCCAUCCUUCUCUGAUGUCAGCAGCUGAUGAUGACAAAAAAUCUGAGACCGUUAGGCCCCAGCCUCGCCUCCAGGCCCUGACGAUGGAGAGGGAAUUGUCAUUUGAGUAUGACGAUAUUGGUAUGGGAGAAAGUGACGACGAACUUGGAGAUGACGAACAACCAAAAGGAACAGCUCGUCGGUCAAGAGGAACAAGACGGUCAAGAGUGACCAUUGAUCCCCAAGCCAUCCUGCUGGACGCUCCAGAUUUCGACCAGACCAAGAAGUCAACCUGGGAUACUGGUAGAUCCAUGAGGUACAACCAGGACGCCCAGCGACAGGAAGACCACAGAAGAAUGAAAGACAUCCGAUUGUAUCUGACAAAGUUACGAUUAAACCCAGACAAGAUUGAUAAACCAAAAAAGGAAUAUGCUGGAGGUAUAUACAGUAAGAUUGAGGCCCAGUGGAGAUCUAAUAAUGUUCAACUUCAGAGCAAACAACCACCAAACAACCAGUUCAGGAUACGAAGUUUUGUCGGAGGAACACGUCGAGAAAAAUCGUUCAUAUAGGCAAAGCCAAUGCGAUUCAGUCAAGUACGGUCAUCUGUAUCCUGAUGUGGCGCCCUCUGGUGGAUAAAACCUGUAGGGUGGAACGCCCUCUGUGGAAUUUGUGCGAGAACUUUGAUAUGAAAAUGACGUAUUGUCUCAAUGGAUGGUGGUUCCCCCUAUUGUAUUUUACCUGAUGUACUGCGACAUUUCCUUGUGGAUUGUGUCUAUAUAGAGUGGUCUCCCCAUGUGGAUUGUGUUUGAACUAUGGAUUGUAUUUAUGGAGAGUAUAUACUGCUCUCAGUUAGUAGUAUCUAAAGAAUUUGCAUUGUCUGGUUAAGUUCAUGUUAUGCAACACUCCCUUGUGGAGAGGGAUGCCCCUUGCAGGUGGAUUGUAUCCAUGGACAGUGGCUCCCUCUGGUGGAUUGUAUCUGUGGAGAGUGAUUGGUAACCCCCUGGUGGAUUGUAUCUGUGGAGUGUGGCGCCCCCUGGUGGAUUUUGUUUGUUGAGAGUAGCGCCCCCUGGUGGAUUGUAUCGGAAGAGUGGUUCUCCAUUUGUUUUUUCGAGAGUGGCACUGUCUGGAGGAUUGAAUCUUUAGGUAGUGUUGCGCCCUGGUAGAUUAUGUCUUUGGAGAGUGGCGCCCCCUUUUGGAUUAUGUCCAUGGCGAGUAGCGCCCCCUGGUGGAUUGUAACUCUGAAGAUAGCUCUCCCUGGUGGAUUGAAUUUUUGGACAGUGGCUCCUCCGGGUGGAUUGUAUCUAAGGAUUGUAAUAAGUCCACUCCAGCGGUGGGUUAAUAUUAUGUAAAGUGUGUGCCACUCCCUUUGGUGGAUUAAAACAAAGAACAAUUUAUAUAUUUAUCAUUGCAAUUACCUGUUGAAAAUUUCCAAAUGUAUUUUCAUUUUUCAAACUUUUAAAUUUUCAUUUUUGAAAAAAAAUUAUAAUUAUUUUUAAGAAUAAUACUUUAAUAUGCAUGUGCCACUUGAGUUUGAUUUUAUAUCAAUGAUGUUUUCAAACUGAUUUUAUUCAUUAUUCAUUUUCCCUUCAAUGUUAUUUAUUCACAUUCCCUGAAUAUGUUAUCAUCUUCA